AUGGCCGUUUGUGGACCAGCGCGGCAGCGCUGGGAGCCCGUGUUGCGGGUGCUGGUGCUGCAGGCGGCCUGGGCGCUGGUCGGCGGGCAGGUGCGGUACUCGGUGCCGGAGGAAGCCAAGGCCGGGACGGUGGUGGGGCGACUGGCGCAGGACCUGGGCCUGGAGGCGGGCGAGGCGGAGGCGCGGCGGCUGCGGCUGGUGUCGCAGGGCCGGCGGGCGAGCGUGGAGGUGAGCGGGGCGCUGGUGGUGAGCUCGCGGCUGGACCGGGAGGAGCUGUGCGGGAAGAGCGCGCCGUGCGCCCUGCGCCUGGAGGUGCUGGUGGAGCGGCCGCUGCGCGUGUUCCACGUGGAGCUGGAGGUCACGGACAUCAACGACAACGCCCCGCUCUUCCCCGCAGCCCGGAAAAACCUCAGUUUACCGGAGAACUUACCUCCCGGGUCUCGGUUCCCUCUGGAGGGUGCGUCAGAUGCAGAUGUCGGAGCCAACGCGCAGCUCUCCUAUGUACUCAGUCCCACUGAACACUUCUCUCUGGAUUUCCAGAAAACGGAGGAGGACAGCGAGUCCUUAUUUCUGGUGCUCACGAAACUGCUGGACCGCGAGACGCUGCCUGUGCACCGGCUGGUGCUGAUGGCGAGUGACGGGGGCCGGCCGUCUCUGACGGGCACGAUGGAGCUGGUGAUCUCGGUGCUGGACGCAAACGACAACGCACCGCAGUUCAACCAGUCAGUGUAUAAAGUGCAGCUGCUGGAAAAUACAGAGCGCGGUACUUUAGUGAUCAGACUAAACGCCACGGAUUUGGAUGAGGGAACGAACAAGAAUAUAUCGUAUUUUCUCCAGCAAUUGUUCCCUCAGGAUGGAAGAGACGUUUUCGGGAUCGACAGAAACAGCGGGGAGAUCCGUCUUAGGGGUGAAUUGGACUUUGAGGAUGUUGGUCUCUAUCGGCUUCAAGUGGAUGCGACAGAUCAGGGAAAUCCACCACUGUCGGGACAUUGCAAGCUGUUGGUGGAGGUGCUGGACGUGAACGACAACGCGCCGGAGGUGUGGGUGACGUCGCUGUCGGUGCCGGUGCCGGAGGACGCGUCGGUGGGGACGGUGGUGGCGCUGCUGAGCGUGUCGGACCGGGACUCGGGGGCGAACGGUCGUGUGCGCUGCGCGGUGUGGCCGGCGGCGCCGUUCGGGCUGGUGUCGACGUUCGCGGGGUCGUACUCGCUGGUGCUGCGGGAGGCGCUGGACCGGGAGCGGGUGUCGGAGUACGAGGUGGAGGUGUGGGCGGAGGACGGCGGGUCGCCGUCGCUGCGCGGCCGUCGCGGGGUGCGGGUGCCGGUGUCGGACGUGAACGACAACGCGCCGGCGUUCGCGCAGGCCGUGUACACGGUGCUGGCGCGGGAGAACAACGCGGCGGGCGCGGAGCUGGCGCGUCUGUGGGCGCGGGACCCGGAUGAGGCGGACAACGGGCGCGUGCGGUACUCGGUGUGGGAGGGCGGCGUGGGCGGUGUCGCGUCGGCGGGCGGGGGGUGGCGUCCGGCGUCGAGCUACGUGUCGGUGGACGCGGAGAGCGGGCGUCUGUGGGCGCUGCAGCCGUUGGACUACGAGGAGGUGCAGGUGCUGCAGUUCGAGGUGCGGGCGGUGGACGCGGGGGAGCCGCCGCUGUGCGGCAACGCCACGGUGCAGCUGUUCGUGGUGGAUGAGAAUGACAACGCACCGGCGCUGCUGCCGGCUGGAAGCGGCGGGCCGGUGCCCGGGGUGUCGGGCGAGUCAGCGUCGGGACCAGACUCGGUCUCGGGGGAGCUGUGGGCGUGGGCAUCGUGGGGGGCGCCGGCGGGGCAGGUGGUGGCGAAGAUCCGCGCGGUGGACGCGGACUCGGGCUACAACGCGUGGCUGCGCUACGAGCUGUGGGAGCCGCGGGGGAAGGGCCCGUUCCGCGUGGGGCUGUACAGCGGCGAGGUGAGCACGGCGCGGGCGCUGGAGGAGGCGGACGGCCCGCGGCAGAGGCUGGUGAUCGUGGUGCGGGACCACGGGGAGCCGGCGCGCUCGGCCACGGCCACGCUGAGCGUGUCGCUGGUGGAGGGCACCGAGGCGGCGCUGGCGGCCGCGGGCUCGUCGUCGUCAUCAGGGGCGGUGCUUCGUGCGGGACUGCGUCCGGCGGAGGGUGGCGCGGCAGCGACAGGAGCGGCGGCGUCGACGAACGUGUGGCUGGUGGUGGCCAUCUGCGCGGUGUCGAGCCUGUUCCUGCUGGCGGUGGUGCUGUACGGGGCGUCGCGGUGGGCGCCGCGGGCGGGCGUGCUGUCGGGGCCCGGGCCGGCGACGCUGGUGUGCGCCAGCGAAGUGGGGAGCUGGUCGUACUCGCAGCGCCAGAGCCGGAGCCUGUGCGUGGCGGACGGCGCGGGCAAGAGCGACCUGAUGGUUUUCAGCCCCAACUUUCCGCCGCCGCCCGGCCCCGCGGCGAAGGAGACGCAGCCGGAGCCUCCCGCUCUCCUGGACACGGUCAGUGGCUCUCUCUCUUCAACUGUUGCCCCUUCCCCGACAUCUCUUCCCCGCUCUCCCCACCUGUGUAUUAUCUCUCCCGGUCCCUGGGCAUUGGUGGGAGUCGGGCUGAGCUCCUGGUAUCCGUUGGCGCUUGGCGGUGCUUAA